AUGAGCCGACCUUCCGCAUCCCGUUUGUUCGCCCAAGCUGUCAAUGGUCUACGACAGUCCAGCAACCAGAUAGCGUCCAGCUCGAAACGAUUCGCUUCGACUUCUUCCGCUUCUGAACCCACUUCAUCGGCAUACCCAUUUAAUCCCACCGCUCUUAUCCUCCCAUCAACCGUCGCCUCGAAUGCCAUCCCUCAAUCUCUCCUAACUCCACGUAAAGGCUGGUCAAUAAUCAAUCACCUCAAUGCAUCCGCUCCCAAAUCACAGUAUCACAACUUAUUCUCAAGGAGACAUCCAGAUCGACUAAAGACAGGUUCAGUAAUCACCGUAUUACAAUAUACAGACGCUACAAAGAAGACCGUAUCUCCCUUUUCAGGUGUGUUGAUGGGAAUCAAAAAGAGAGGUGGGGUAGAUACGAGUUUCAAAUUGAGGAAUAUAGUAAACAAGAUUGGAGUCGAGAUGUCCUUCAAGUUGAAUUCACCACUUAUAAAAGAGAUUAAGGUUGUUCGAGAAGCUCAAGGUAGAUCAGGACAUAUUAAGGAUCUGAGAAGAUCGAAAGUGAACUAUCUAAGAGAGAGACAGGGUUUGAUGGCUGGUAUUGCGAGUGCUCUGAAGGCUUCCAAGAAGUAG